AUAGCCCCGAACCCUACCCACCCCGAUGUCCGACGCCGGCGGCGAGCUCGGGGCCGGCGCCUCCGCGCCGGUGUGCAACUUCAUCCGGAAGCCACCGAGGAAUAUCCGGAAGCGUCCAGCGGCGUCCGCCGGCUCCGACGACGAAGACGGCGGCGGCGGCGACGACGAUUCCGGCGCCAUCGCGGCGGCGCGCUCGAAAAAGCCGCCCUCCACCACCAGCAAGCUCUUCUUCUCCUCCGCCGACAGCUCCUCCGAGCCGCGCCGGUUCCAGUUCGAGUCGUCCAGGACGAUCCAGUCCUCCACCGACAACCGCGCCACCGCCACGCUCGAGACGGAGACGGCCUACGACCGCGACGCGCGCGCCAUCCGCGAGCGCCAGCUCAAGCAGGCCGAGGAGUCCCUCAAGAAGAACCCCUCCGCCUCCGCCCCCUCCUCCUCCGGGGACCUCUACAAGGGGAUCAGCGGCUACACGGACCACAAGGCCGGGUUCCGGCGCGAGCACACCGUGUCCGGGGAGAAGGCCGGCGGCGCGCACGGCCCGCUGCGGGCGUCCGCGCACAUUCGCCUCUCCACGCGCUUCGACUACCAGCCCGACAUCUGCAAGGACUACAAGGAGACGGGCUACUGCGGCUACGGCGACUCCUGCAAGUUCAUGCACGACAGGGGCGACUACAAGUCCGGCUGGCAGCUCGAGAGGGAGUACGACGAGGCCGAGAAAGCCCGCAAGCGCCGCAUUGCCAUGCGCGAGAUGGGUGGGAGCGAUGGCGAGGCCGAGGAGGAUGACAGCGACGACGAGGAGGCACUGCCCUUUGCCUGCUUCAUAUGCAGGGAGCCGUUUGUUGAUCCCGUCGUCACAAAAUGCAAGCAUUAUUUCUGCGAGCACUGUGCAUUGAAGCAUCACUCGAAGAACAAGAAGUGCUUCGUCUGCAAUAAACCAACACUAGGCAUCUUUAACGCGGCGCAGGAGAUCCGCAAGAGGAUGGCCCAGGAGAAGAAGCAGCAGGACGUUUGAUGGCUGUUGUGAGGUGUAGCUUCUAUCAUGGAGUAUUUGCUUUUCUUCUGUUAUUAUUACUGUAUCAUCUGAAAAUGAGGGGGAAGAUAGCCAUGAACCAGUUUUGUUUUUGUAGCUCUGUUGUACUCUAGCUCCUAUACUAGUUAUCAGUAGCCACCAUGUCAGCUUCUUGUUGCAUUAAGGAAAUGUUCCUGAAUGGAUGAAAAGUGUCAUUCGACGUGUCA